AUGAGUACUUUAGAGUCUAUUUCGGCCUCGCAACAGGCGGGCGGCGCACUCGCGCAUCUAGGCGAUGCUAAAAUAACCCCCAAGGUCUUCAUCAUUGCCAUGUUCCACGAAGAGUCGCGAAGCUGGCUGUCGCCUGAAAGCGCUAUCCAGUUCCCGCGCAAGGUGCAGGUUCCUGGCCUCUCCCCUGAAUACAAGGACGUCCAUAUUACCGAGGACGGCCAAGUCGGCCUCUUGGUCGUAGGCAUGGGCUUGAUAAACGCUUCCUUGUCUAUCAGCGCGCUCAUCUCCUCGCCACUCUUCGACCUGUCCAAGACUUAUUUCGUGCUCACGGGCAUUGCUGGCGUUAACCCGAAGCGUGCGACCAUUGGGUCCGUUGCGGUCGCAAAAUUUGCCGUCCAGGUGGAUAUACAGCUGGAAUUUGACGCCAGAGAGAUCCCCUCGGAAUGGGGUUCGGGCUAUGUUCCCAUCGGUGCGGAUUCGCCUGAUGAGUUCCCCAAGAUCCUGUAUGGCACUGAAGUCUUUGAAUUGAACGGCGAGCUUAGAGAUUAUGCCCUGUCUGUUGCUAGGACUGUUACUCUCGAGGACUCGCCGGAGGCUGCAAAGAACCGCGCCCUGUGGGUUGGUUCGCCCGAUAUCUUUCAGGCGGCGAGCCAAAAGCCUAGCAUUAUCGAGGGUGAUGUCCUCUCAUCAAACACCUUCUGGCACGGCCAUCGUCUUUCAGAUGCCAUGGAAAAGGUUACCAAAGUUUAUACAUCUGGGCAAGCUGACUAUGUCAUGACGGCUCAAGAAGACAACGCUCUCCUGGCAGGUCUCUUGAGGGCGUCACUCCAAGGCAAGGCCGACUAUUCUCGCGUCACAUUGAUCAGAUCUGCCUCCAACUUUGAUCGCGGGCACGAGGAUAAGCUACAUGAGCUUCCUUUUGUCAUGGAUAACGGUGGACUGGGGCCUUCCACUCGAAACCUAUAUCUUGUAGCUUUGAAGGUAGUGGAGGGAAUUCUGGAGGACUGGGAUGCCAAGUUUGAGGCUGGGCUUACUCCGAGCAAUUACAUCGGGGAUGUCUUUGGAUCACUGGGUGGUGUACCAAGCUUUGGCCCCAAAGAAGUUCUUAAUUAG